CGAGACCAGACCAUUUCUCGCAUCGCUAUAACCAUGCUUUGCCUGGUGAUAAUCCGUGAAGUGUAUCCGAACUUCAAACCAUAUUCAUAGACAGACUUCCGUCGAAGAUGCUGUCGAACACAGGUAGGAGCGCUGCUCGGCGCAUUGCCAACGUGCGCUAUCCAUUGCCACGAGCACCGAGAGUCUCACCUAUUGCCCUGCGAUCUUUCACAGCUCCCAUCUCAUCUCAACAUCCCCUAUGGGGGCCAUCGCAGCAGCGGACUUACGCAAGUGGCCCUCCACGACCGCCGGGUGGCACUCAUCGCAUGGACAUGAGCCCAGACGGCGACAAGCCAGCAUUGGAGCGUUUCGGUGUCGAUCUUACGGCCAAGGCGAAGUCGGGAAGGCUAGACCCGGUCAUUGGACGAGACGCAGAGAUUCAUCGCACAAUUCAAAUUCUCUCACGAAGAACGAAGAACAAUCCCGUCCUGAUUGGCGCAGCUGGUACUGGCAAGACCGCCAUCCUCGAAGGCUUGGCACAGCGGAUUGUGAGAGGCGAUGUACCGGAGAGUAUCAAGGACAAGAAAGUCAUUAGUCUUGAUCUCGGCAGUCUGAUCGCUGGUGCGAAGUUCCGAGGUGACUUCGAGGAGCGGCUGAAGAGUGUGUUGAAGGAGGUCGAGGAUGCGCAAGGAAAGGUGAUCCUGUUCAUCGACGAGCUGCACACGCUGCUGGGCUUGGGCAAGGCGGAAGGCAGCAUCGACGCGAGCAAUCUCUUGAAGCCGGCGUUAUCACGAGGAGAGCUGCAGUGUUGCGGUGCCACCACGCUCAACGAGUACCGGCAGAUCGAGAAGGAUGUUGCACUCGCGCGACGCUUUCAACCGAUCCUGGUUGGUGAGCCGACGGUGCAGGAUACCAUCUCCAUCCUACGAGGCAUCAAGGAGAAAUACGAAGUCCACCACGGUGUGCGCAUCACUGACGGUGCGCUCGUGGCCGCGGCAACUUACUCUAACCGCUACAUCACUGAUCGGUUUCUGCCCGACAAAGCCAUCGAUCUUGUCGACGAAGCCGCGUCUGCUCUUCGGCUACAGCAGGAAAGCAAACCCGAUGCGAUUCAGGAGCUUGACAGGCAGAUCAUGACCAUACAGAUCGAGUUGGAAAGCUUACGCAAAGAGAGCGACGUUGCGAGCAAAGAACGGCGCGAAAAGCUCGAGAAGACGUUGACGCUCAAGCAAGACGAGGUUGGCGCGCUGACGGAGAAGUGGGAGAAGGAGCGGGCAGAGAUCGAAGCCAUCAAGAAGACCAAGGAGGACCUCGAAGCCGCUCGAUUGGAACUUGACCAGGCACAACGGGAAGGCAACUUUGCCCGCGCGUCUGAGCUUCGCUACGCUCGCAUACCAGAGCUCCAGCGAAAACUGCCAGCCGAAGAAGGCGGAGAAGGUGCCGCCACGCCUUCCGCUUCAGAGACACUGAUACACGACUCUGUGACGUCGGACGACAUCGCCGCAGUCGUGGCAAGAGCCACCGGUAUUCCGGUUACGAAGCUGAUGGCGGGUGAGAUCGAGAAGCUCGUUCAUAUGGAAGACACACUUCGACAAUCUGUCCGUGGCCAAGACGAAGCACUCACCGCUGUUGCCAACGCUGUCCGGAUGCAGCGAGCAGGACUGUCGGGCGAGAACCGUCCACUAGCGAGCUUCAUGUUCCUUGGUCCUACAGGUGUCGGUAAGACCGAGCUCUGCAAGAAGAUGGCCGCAUUCCUCUUCAGCACCGAAUCCGCCGUAAUCCGCUUCGACAUGUCCGAAUUCCAAGAAAAGCACACCGUCUCCCGCCUCAUCGGCAGUCCGGCAGGCUACGUCGGAUACGAAGACGCCGGUCAACUGACCGAGGCUGUGCGACGGAAACCCUACGCCGUACUCCUGUUCGACGAGUUCGAGAAAGCGCACCGCGACAUUUCCACCUUGCUCUUACAGGUACUGGACGAGGGGUUCCUAACCGACGCGCAAGGCCACAAGAUCGACUUCCGCAACACCAUGAUCGUGCUGACUUCCAACCUAGGCGCUGACGCGCUGGUGGCGGACGAAAGCACCGGCUCUGAGAUUUCAGCCGAUGUGAAGCAGAGGGUCAUGGAUGUUGUGCAGAUGUCGUAUCCGCCUGAGUUCUUGAACCGGAUCGACGAGUUCAUUGUCUUCAAGCGGCUUUCGAGAGAAGCGCUGCGGGAUAUUGUCGAUAUCCGAUUGCGCGAACUGCAGACGAGGCUGGACGAUCGCAGGAUUGCGCUUAAGGUCAGCGAUGAGGUGAAGGCGUGGUUGUGCGAGAAGGGGUAUGAUCCGAGGUAUGGCGCGAGGCCGCUUAAUCGGCUGAUUGCGAGAGAGGUUGGGAACAGCCUUGCGGAUAAGAUUAUUCGUGGGCAUAUUAAGGGUGGCGAUACGGCGAGAGUUGUUGUUAGGGAUGGUGGGGAGCAUUUGGAUGUUAUUACUGCAUAGCGUGCGGACGAGAAGGAGCGGUUUGAGAAUCCAGGGCUUGCAUAGCGUGGUGGUGGACUAUUUGGAGGGCGCACUGGUGGGCUGGGAUAUCUUACGACCUGCGCUAACGCAAUGUAUUAUAAGUUGAACAGCGCUAUACAGUAUGCUUGUCUGUAAUAUAUCUUCGCUCUUGUACACUCGGACACAACGCAGAUGU